UUGAUUACAUUGGAACCAUGCCUUGUCAUAUCCGGACCUUAAUGGAUACAUAUAGGAUUUUGUAAUGGGGCAAAACACCCUGUAUUAUUAUUAUUAUUUUGGUUCAAGCAUGGAGACUUAUGUUGGUGCUGGGAGUGAAUUUGACUCAUUAAUGAAUGUGAAAUUUUUGGACCCGUGGUGGAUAACAAUAAUGAACUUGAAUGCAAAAGAGUACUGCAUUUUGCAAAUGGUGCAACGUAUAUUGUCGUUAUAAAAUCACGUGGCGUAGUUGAGGACAUUUAUUUGAACAUCUUUCAUUUCCAUGUUUUCAAAUUGUUUCAUUGUUACCUUAGUUAACGUGCAAAGUAGACUGCUUCAAUUCUGGUUCUUUUCAAACUUUGAUACAAUUAUCAAAGAAUAAUUUUAACUUUCAGUCUUUGUGCAAAGUUAACUUGCAUAUGUUUCUUCUUUUUUUGGGUAAAUUUUUUUAUUGAAUCAUCAUUCAUGAUCUGUUUUUUUGACUAAUUCUUUUGUAGUCUGUUAAAUGGAGCGGAGCAGACUUAGUACUAGGGCUCGCUAUUCUGGUUCUACACCAUCAGAAGAAUCAGCUUUGGAUUUUGAAAGAAACUGUUGCAGUCAUCCUAAUCUACCUUCAUUAAGUCCACCAACACUUCAACCUUUUGCUUCAGCUGGACAGCACUCUGAGAACAGUGCUGCUUACUUCUCAUGGCCUAGCCGAAGUGAGGCAACUGAAGAGAGGGAAAACUAUUUUGCUAAUCUACAAAAAGGGGUGUUACCUGAAAAUCUUAAUAGAUUACCAAAAGGACAGCAAGCAAAUACGUUGCUGGAGCUGAUGACUAUUAGGGCAUUUCAUAGCAAAAUCCUGCGAUGUUACAGUCUAGGCACCGCAAUAGGGUUUCGUAUUAAACGUGGUGUGUUGACUGACAUACCAGCUAUUCUUGUUUUUGUUUCCAGGAAAGUUCACAAGCAAUGGCUCAGCCCCAUACAGUGUCUACCCACUGCCUUAGAGGGACCUGGAGGUGUAUGGUGUGAUGUGGAUGUGGUAGAGUUUUCAUAUUUUGGUGCACCUGAGCCAACUCCAACAGAACAGUUGUACACUGAAAUUGUGGAUGAUUUGCGUGGUGGUGAUCCCUGUAUUGGUUCAGGCUCUCAGGUAGCAAACCAGGAAACAUACGGAACUCUAGGUGCAAUUGUCAAAAGCCAAACUGGCACUAGACAAGUUGGUUUUCUUACAAAUCGGCAUGUUGCAGUUGACUUAGAUUACCCAAAUCAGAAGAUGUUUCAUCCUUUGCCUCCAACACUUGGACCUGGGGUAUAUCUUGGUGCAGUGGAGAGAGCAACAUCAUUCAUCACAGACGACCUUUGGUAUGGCAUUUUUGCGGGAAUGAAUCCAGAGACAUUUGUGAGAGCAGAUGGAGCAUUCAUCCCCUUUACUGAUGAUUUUGACAUGUCUACUGUCACUACAUCUGUGAAAGGCGUGGGAGAGAUUGGUGAUGUCAAAAUUAUAGACUUGCAGUGUCCUAUAAGUAGCCUUAUAGGCAAGCAAGUAAUGAAGGUUGGAAGAAGUUCUGGCCUGACAACUGGAACUGUGUUGGCCUACGCUCUCGAAUACAAUGAUGAGAAAGGCAUAUGCUUCUUGACUGAUUUCCUUGUUGUGGGUGAAAACCAACAGACUUUUGAUCUUGAGGGAGAUAGUGGAAGCCUUAUUUUAAUGAAGGGUGAGAAUGGUGAAAAACCACGGGCUAUAGGGAUCAUCUGGGGUGGGACUGCUAACCGUGGUCGACUUAAGUUAAAAGUUGGGCAACCUCCGGAAAAUUGGACAAGUGGUGUUGAUCUUGGGCGCCUUCUCAACCUACUUGAACUUGAUAUCAUCACUACUGAUGAAGGGCUUAAAGUGGCAGUGCAAGAACAACGAGCUGCCUCAGCAACAGCAAUUGGCUCUACCGUAGGGGAUUCCUCACCCCCUGAUGGAAUGGCUCUGAAGGACAAAGCUGAAGACAAAUUCGAGCCACUAGGCCUUCAGAUUCAGCAUAUCCCUUUGGAAGUCGAACACCACAGCCCAGAAACAAAUCCAACACUAAUGGAAACCGACUUUCACUUGGAAGAUGGUGUCAAGGCCGGCCCCAGUGUGGAGCAUCAGUUUAUUCCAAGCUUCACCAGGCGGUCACCUUUACAUCAAGACAGUCCAUCAGAUAAGGCAGUUUCUGAGAAUCUUGCUUCCUUGAGGAACGGAAGCGAUGAAGAUAUUUGUUUUUCAUUGCAAUUGGGUGACAAUGAAGCCAAGAGGCGGCGUUCAGACGCUUCAACCAGUAAGGAAGAAUCAAAGUAAACUGGACUCACAGUAGAAGUGUGAACCGGGGAAAUAACUCAUUUUGUGAACGGAACGUUUUUUGUUGACAACGGCUAACCUAUGAUGUUAUGUUAUGCUGUACUCUUGAAAUUCAAAUUUCAGCUCAAACAAUGGAGCUCUUACUACAGAAAUUUGGAUGUCAAGUUACCAACUUAAUUUACUCAGUUUACAUAAGAAGACAAAUGUGAUGUGCUUUAGAAU